AUGAAGUCUGCUUCCGUUCUCCUCCUGACCGCUGGCCUGGUGUCGGCGGUGGCCGUGCCCCCGAACCAGCUCGCCGAGCGCCAGCCGGAGCUGAAGCCGCUCCCGCACAUCGCCUCGCCGGUGCGCCGGGCCGAGUGGUAUGUGCGUGCGCCGCAGGCGCCGGCUGCGACCACGGCGCCGGCCCAGGAGGAGCAGCCUCCGGCUGAUGACAGCGUGCCUGCCCGUGGUGGAGUUGUGGGCGGGAACAAGGAUCAGAACAACCAGAACCAGAACCAGGAGCAGAACAAGGACCAGAACAACCAGAACAACCAGAACCAGGAGCAAAACAAGGACCAGAAUAACAACAACCAGGAGCAGAACAAGGACCAGAACAACCAGAACAACCAGAACAACCAGAACAAGGACCAGAAUAACCAGAAUAACCAGAACAAGGAUCAGAACAACCAGAACAAGGAUCAGAACAACCAGAACAAGGACCAGAACAACCAGAACAAAGAUCAAAACAACCAGAACAACAACAACAACGGCACCCUCAACCAGGGCUCCUUCCUCCCCAUCAUGCAGGGCCUCCUUGGGCAGAUGGGCCUCGGCGGCGUCGUCAACCUCAACGUCGUGCAGAACCUCGGCCUCGCCAACCAGAUCGCCCUGCUCUCGCAGGUCCAGCAGCUCAACGUCCUGCAGGGCCUCAACAUCAUCGGCCGGCAGCAGGUCGUGACGGUCCUCGGGCAGGGCCUGGCCCUCAACGGCGUCAACAUCGUCGUCAUAGGGAAGCGUGAGGAAGGCGAGUACAGCACUGCUGUGGAGCCGUGA